CUUCGACUCCUCAGGCGAAUCCAGGCGGGGACAGCACUGCGCCUGCGCCCCACGAGGCAGGCCCAGGCCGGACGGCUCCUGGCGCCUGAGGGGGAGGAAGGGGCGGGGCAAGGGAGAGCGGCGCUUCCGAUUGGCAGAGGGGACCGUCCGUCGGCGCAGGGGUGGGGCCGGACGCCGGCCUCAAUUUGGAACGGGGAAGUCAGCGACCGCCUUGUCCUGGGAGGCCUCUGCUCCCGCGCCCUCCGACGCCCCGGCGAUGAGAAGACUGAGGCCCAGGGAGAUUCAGGGUCCUGGCUGAAGGAUUGAAUUAUAACUUUUAAAGGAUGACAUGAAUGUGUGAGGUGGCAUUCAGUGAAUCAUCCCACAGUCAGAGGGUGUGAGACUCCAGUGUAUCAGAUGCUCUGCGUGCUUCCUACUGGAUGGGCCCAGCUGCCCCAGUGACCUAGGAUCUCAGCAGCUUUCCUACCAUCGGUGCUUUGAGAUCAGCAGCAAGAAGACCAGAAUGGGCGUGAACGAUCUCUGGCCCAUUUUGGAGCCGGUUAAGCAGCAUGCCCAUCUGCAGAGCCUCCAGGGGAAGACCCUUGCAGUCGAUCUGAGUCUCUGGGUGUGUGAAGCGCUUACGGUCAAAAAGAUGGUUGGCGCCGUCGUCAAGCCCCAUCUCAGGAACUUAUUUUUUCGGAUCUCAUCUCUGACUUUAAUGGGAGUAAAACUGCUCUUUGUCACGGAAGGUGAUGCUCCCGAGCUGAAAGCGGAUGUGAUGAGCAAAAGGAAUGAGACGCGGUAUGGGCCCCCCCAAAACCGGACCUACAGGCCCACAAGAUCCUCUUUCCAGGCCGUCUUAAAAGAGUGCCUCGACCUGUUGGAGUGUUUGGGAAUUCCAUGGGUUCAAGCGGCCGGGGAAGCCGAGGCCAUGUGUGCUUAUCUCAAUGCCCACGGCUACGUGGACGGGUGCCUCACCAAUGACGGAGAUGCUUUCCUUUAUGGGGCACAGACCGUCUAUCGAAAUUUCACUAUGAAUACAAAGGACCCCCAUGUGGAUUGCUAUACGAUGUCCUCCAUUAAGAGGGAGCUGGGCUUGGAUCGGGACUCCCUUAUCGGCCUGGCCGUGCUGCUGGGCUGUGACUACCUUCCCAAGGGCGUCCCUGGAGUUGGCAAGGAGCAGGCACUAAAGCUGGUGCGCACCUUGAACGGGCAGAGUUUACUGCAGAGGUUUGAUCAGUGGAAGGAGGAGUCCGACAGCCUUGACCCACCACCAGUCACAGUUAAAAAGCCAGCUCAUUGCUCCGUGUGUGCCCAUCCAGGCUCCCCCAAGGACCAUGAGCGUAACGGGUGCAGACUGUGUGGAAGCGAGAGACACUGUGAACCCCACGAUUACGAGUACCGCUGCCUUUGUGAGUGGCAUUGCACGGAGCACAGAAGACAGCAACGCACAGCUGAGGAUGGCAUCAGGAAGAAAGCUUGCAGUUGCGAAGGAUUCCCAUUCCACGAGGUUAUUCGAGAAUUCCAGUUGUGCAAGGACAGAUUGACGAAGAAAAUCCUCUGCCAGAGACCUGACCUAUUAUCUUUUCAGGUAUUUGCUUUGGAGAAAAUGGAGUGGCCCAGGCACUACACAUGUGAGAAGUUAAUGGUGCUUUUGACACAUCACGACAUGACGGAGAGGAAGUAUGGCCGGCUAGGUCCCGGCCAGCUGCAGCCAGUGCGAAUAACCCACACACGCAUCAGGAACGGCAUCCCUUGUUUUGAGAUCCAGUGGCAAAAGCCAGAGCACUACGUGACGGCCGCUGAAGCUGCCCCUGGCGCCGGUCUCCAGCCAGGGCCGCCUGUUGUGAUCACGGUGGAGGAAGCCGCCUUAUUCGAAGCUGCCUACCCUGACACGGUCGCCCAGUACCAGAAGCAAGUGCUGGAAAGCCGGGGGAAGAAGUCCAGAAGCAAGAAAAGCACGUCUAAGGGAGGGGAUCUGCCAGCAUUGGAGGAGGUGGCUAACCUUCUGUCCCAUGUGAAACUGUCCCGUGAAACAGUGCCUGAGCAGCUCUUCAGGUCAGAUCUGAAGAUGGCUCAUGAAGAUAAACGGCAGCGGAGACCGACCCCAGCAACAGACAGCUGGCUUUGUGUGGGGGCUGCCUUGAAUGCGGAGGCCCAGCAGCCCCCCGCCCCUGCCCCUCCGAGAUCUGGGACCACGCAGCGCAGCAUUGCCAGUGAUUGUUCAUUGUCCACGUCUGAGCAUCAGGACGAUAGCGCGGUCAUCGAGGACCUCCAGCUGAGCUCCAUUGACUGGGAGGGCACCUCCUUCAGCACUUCACCAGGUGCACAGGCACCCACGACUUCUGCCCGCCCCUCAGACCCUGGCAGGGACCCUGGGCAGCUCUGUCAUGCAGCAGUGUCUGGUAUAGGAAGUACCUGUGACAGCCCCCAGAGCGCUGGCCCUUCCAGAGGCCAUUCAGCGCUGAGUUUGAACCUUCUGCCUCUGAUGGAGCGAGUAUGUGCCCAGGCCUGGGAGCAGCCCCGGUCCUCCUCCCCUCUGGAUGGGUGUCCUACCCCCUGGUGGGAUUGGAAGCCUCGUCACUGCAGAGGAUAGAAGGAAACCUUGCUGCUAAAAGCAGGGCCUCUUCUGAGCCCCAGCAAACUGAUCGUCGUCCACCGGGUGGUCUCCCAGUGUUUGGUUUGCAAAAUGGCCAGAAAGAAUCUGACUUGGUGCCCAGCAGAGCACCAUUCCUUCAGGAGAAGCCUACAGUGAGCACUUGUGUGCCCUACAUCCCAAGGAAAGCGGCAAGGAGGCCCACGGGCCUGGAGCACGUGCAAGUUCAGCCUGAGUCUCAAACUGCCCCAAAGAGAGUCCCCAAAAAGAGUGUUUGCCUCCCCUGCAGCCCUUCUGAUGAGGAGAAUGAGCCGGCCAGCCAGGAUGAGAAGUGCCCCCAUCCAAAAGGGAAGCCGUGGCCUCAGCAGCGCCCCCGUGUCUGCCCGUGGACCAGCGUCCCCAGGCCGGACCCCAGAGAGGCUGGUGAAGGGGCCCAGGUUCCCCGGUCAGCCGAGGCCACAGAAGACCCUCCACGAUUGGCUCUGUUCGCAUCUCCAGUCUCUCCUGGAGAAGAGAAAGAUGUCAGUCUCGUUUUGGAGAGCCCUCUUCCUUUGGCUCAGAGAUUGAAGCUAAAAUUCCAGAGCAGUUGACAAAGCCAUGCAGCAAGUACAUUGUGUCUUGUCUCUUCUUUGUUGCUAAUGUCUGCUGACCUGAGUCCAGGCUGGAGGUGUCGGCCUGGAGAGAGGCCAAAGCAAGGGUAUGGGCACUGCGGGGGUGGCUUCUGGAUAGUGAAAAUAUCUAUGAACUCUGUGACAUUAUCAAGAUUCAUUUGGGGAAAUGGAGGUAUUCAGAUUGAGUCUAAAUUAAGCUGGGGGCCGAAGGAGGAGGGAAGGAGAGGCUCAAGAAUGUAGCCUUUCCUGUUCCUGUUCCCAAGUUGGGAGAGAGCAGCUGCCGCCACCGUGCUGUGGCUUCUGCCCGACCUAGGGAUGGAGGGGACCAGAGCUGUCCUGGAGUUGUCCUGGAGCUGUCUUGGCUCCAACCUGGAGCCGUCCUGGCACCAACCUGGAUUCGUUCUGGAACUGUCCUGAAGCUGUCCCAGAGCCGUCCCAGAGCCAUCCUAGGGCUAUCCUGGAGCUGUCCUGGAGCCCUCCCUAGAGCCGUCCUAGAGCUGUCUUGGAGCUGUCCAGGAGCCCAGGAAGCUCAGGGCUGGGGGCCAGGCAGCCCCAACGCUGUCCCUCUCAUUGGGAACCCAGAGCAGCAGGCCCGCGACAUGCACUGUGAACCAUCCUGUUGAUUCUCUGGUCGCCGUCUGACGAGGGGCCAACCCAGGGAUCUUUCCAACAGUUACACUGGGAGCCAGACUCACCUUUCCAUAACCGCAUCUCCUACUUGGAAUUUCUUUUUGUAUGUGAAAGUAAUUAAACUACAUUUUAAACGUUUUGUUAA